AUGGAAUCUGGUACCAUACCUGACGACCGCAUCACUGCUUCCUCGUUCUUCGGCCCUGACCAUGAGCCUUACCGCGGGCGGUUGAACGGAGUUGCCGGUGAAAGCGCCUGGGUUCCCAGGUAUAACACCAUCGGGCAAUGGUUGCAGGUGGAUUUAGGGAAAAUGAAGAAUCUCACGGGCACCAUCAUUCAGGGUCGCCAAAAUGCCGACCAGUGGGUGACGUCAUACAAACUCCAGUACAGUACAGAUGGGACCAGUUGGACGACAUAUGCCGACAGUGAUGGCUCGGAAAUGGCAAUGGUCUUUAAAGGCAAUGCUGAUAGGAGCUACCCUGAAUCUAAUCUACUGACCAACCCAGUUGAUGCCCGCUAUGUGCGUUUCCUGCCCCAGUCCUGGUAUCGUCACAUCAGCAUGCGUGUGGAGGUUCUGAGCUGCGACACGGAAUGUAGCCCAGAUGUCUACUGCGUUGCCCUGGGGAAAACAGCGUCACAAACAAGCACAGUGGCUGGUGGUGUGGCGUACCGUGCCAUAGACGGAAUCACAGAAGGUAUCUAUUCCGCGAACUCCUGUACACAUACAGCAGAGGAGGCCAAUGCCACCUGGUGGGUGGAUCUUGGUCGUUCCUAUCCCAUAGACAGAGUAGUCAUCUUCAAUCGCCAGGAUUGUUGUUCGGAGCGCAUCAACCCCUUCAACAUCCACAUCGGGGAUUCCGACCAAGUCAGCAUGAAUCCAAAGUGUGGAGGAGAUCAUCAAAUCGACGUUAACCGGUCGUUUGUUCCGAUCGAGUGUCAGGCGAUGACAGGACGAUACGUGGCCGUUCGACUUCCUGGUCCAUCCCGAAUGUUGAGCCUAUGCGAGGUCCAAAUCUUUGGAAGUCUAGGUAAGGUCCAAGCAACAGCAAUGGUCAUUGAAGAUUUGCUAUAA